AUGCAGAAAGCUUUACUAAACCGCCUGGAACGAAUUUUCGAAGCCUGUUUUCCUUCCAUGUUUAUUCCUGACGCUGAAGAGGAAGUUACUUCUCUGAAGCACUUGCUGGAAACCAGCUCCUUACCGAUAAAAACAAGAGAGGCCUUAGCUAAAAAUGGGGAACUGCUGGAUGUGUGGACAGAGCUUCAGGACAUCCAUGAUGCACAUGGCCUGAGAUACCAGUGGGGCGGCUCCCAUAGCAACAAGAAGCUUUUGUGCUCCUUGGGAAUAGACACUCGAAACAUUCUCUUCACGGGCAAUAAGAAGCAGCCUGUUAUAGUGCCCAUGUAUGCGGCAGGAUUGGGUAUGUUAGAGCCCACCAAGGAGCCAUUGAAGCCACUAUCUGCUGCAGAAAAAAUUGCUUCCAUUGGUCAGACAGCCACCCUGUCACCAGAGAUGAACACAUGCACAUCUGACCAAUUCCAGGAGUGUCUCCCACCCGUCCAGUUUGACUGGAGUAGCAGUGGCCUUACCAACCCGUUAGAUGCUAGUGGAGGUUCCACUCUUCUGAACCUUGAUUUCUUUGGGCCCGUGGAUGACAGUUGCUCUGGCAGCGCCACCACCAUCCCAGGUGUGGAUCCAGAGUUGUAUGAAUUAACAACCUCUAAGCUGGAGCUCUCCACCUCAAGCCUCAAAGUGACCGAUACAUUUGCAAGACUCAUGUCUACAGUGGAGAAGACAAGCACCUCUACCAGCAGGAAACCUAAACAAGAGGAACAUUUGAGUGAAGAAGCCCUGAAGGUGAUCGCCAGCCUCCCUGACUUAACGUUCAUGCAUGCCAAGGUGUUGAUGUUCCCGGCCACGCUGACUCCUUCCUCAAGCUCCCGGGAGAACACGGACUGA